GCUCGCAGCACUCCUCUGUGGAGAUAGUGCAGACAGACGCCUUCCUCUCAGCAUGAAGCACCUCACCCCUGCAUCCCGGGCCACUCUGGCCCUCAGCCUGGUCUUUGCCUCCUUCCACUUGGUUUGCUUGGCAGAAGCAAGGAACAGCAUCAACGCAACCUUGACCACCCACCACCCAGACCCCGGAACCCUGGAGCAGUGUCCCAAUGUGGACUUCUGCCCGCAGGCAGCCCGGUGCUGCCACACUGGAGUGGAUGAAUAUGGCUGGAUCGCGGCCGCGGUUGGCUGGAGCCUGUGGUUCCUCACCCUCAUCCUGCUCUGUGUGGAUAAACUGAUGAAGCUCACUCCGGAGGAGCCCAAGGAUUUGCAAGCAUGAGGCUUAGAGCCGCAGCCCCAAGAAUGGCCGUGGCCACCACUGGGUCCAAACUCUCCUGUGGUUGCUCCUGUGACUUUUCCUUCAUGAAGGUUUAUUUUCACCCACGACUCGCAGCUGCUAACCACAGUUCCGACUUCAGCAAGAGCUGGCCGCCCAGAGGAGCACGGCAGGUGCUGGGCUGUGGGUGCCCAUGGAAGGCUCACGUGAGCCUCUGCACAGGUCUAGGGGCUUGAUCUGCAUGAAACCUGUUGUAAAAUUUUUAGAUGAUUUUAGAUUUCAAGAGAAGCUGUAAAAAUAGUGUUUCUGCAUGUCCUUUACUGACAUUAAGAGAAGUCUUAGUAAUCCUAGUAAAGUUAGCAAAACCAACAAAAUUAACCUUUGCACAAUACCGCUGACUAGCCUAGGGACUUUAUUUGGGUUCCACUGGUUUUUUUUUUUUUUUUUCCUCUAAUGUCAUUUGUUUUGUUCUCGCUGCUCCAGGAUCCCAUCCAGGUUUCCACAUUUCAUCUCGUUGUUAUGUUCUACGGCAUUUUGUUCCCUUGGCUUUCCUCCGUUUCCAGGCGUUGUCUUGGGUUUCAUAAACAACUCCAGGUUGACCCUAUUACCUUUCAAGAUUGUGCAGACUUUGAUCUUCUCAUUUACCUUUCUAGGUAAAGGUAGAGUCCUAAUCUUUUGUAGAGUCCUAAUCUUUUAAUUCCUAAAUGAAUCUGCAAGCAUCAAUUUGAUUAGUGCAAAACACAGUGAGCAGAAGGGGGUGGGCACCAACCCAGGGGAGUGAAAACAAUUCUGUGAAUUCCACAGGCUGACGAGACUCCUUUCCACUUAAUUCCUCAGAAAAUCAAAGUCGUAGGUGUUCUCGCCAGGGCCACAAAAAUUAGAGAAAAAGAUCAUCUCCUUCAACCAUCACAUUUCACAAAUGAGAAAAAUGAUCACGUUACAAAGGAAAGAAACAGAAAAAUAUCAUUUGACACCAAUUCAUAGCAUUUAUUGACAUUUCCAUUUAAAAUGCUAGGAAAGCAGUAUAAAUUGUAAACAUGGAAACCAAACACUUGCAUAAAUUAUUUCAAAAACUCUACAGCACAUUAGAAAACAGUGCAGCUAAUUGAAGGGUAGAAACAUAACUGACAAAUAGAAGGGAAGGUUCGAUUACUAAAUCAUAUACCCACACUGAAAUUUAAGUGCCCGUUUGAGACCAGCAAACCAUGAUUGUCAAGUUCAAGUUGCAGUAUUGAUGCCACAAGUGGCCUCAAUUGACUCUGCGUAUUUUCGUACAUUAUCACUCACAAUCCAGGAAGGAGAGUGCAGGAAGAGUCAGAGGAACGUGGACCUUGACAAAGUAGGAGGAGACAAGCAGGUAUCCCAGAACGGCUCUGCUGAGCCUCCUUUCUUGCAAGGGUAAUGAGCCCCAUCUCCAUGCUCCUUCGAAGAUGCUCUGGAGGAGGGCUAAGCAGAGUGUAUACCCCUUCCUGAAAUGAGCCCUCUGGUGCUUAGAGCAAGUGCGUUAAUCGGUGAAAGCCUCCUUCUUUCCCCCCAUGAACAAGAGGAACAGCACAGGGUGUCUGGCUUGAACUUGGCCCUGUGCUCUUCCUAACUUGCACACUUAGGUUGUCAAGUCACGAAUACUUGAAUCAGGGGCAUGAGACCCUUCACGACGCUCCAAGUUGUCCAGAAAGUUCUCGUGGAAUCAGGGACCAAGCGACUCAAAAUCUCUGUCCCUUCUACUAUUCACUCUUUCUUUAAAUGUGAAGUGGCCCCAGGGCAGAGCAACCCAGAGGAAGAAAGGCAAAGCAAGGAGCCUGCAUAACUACCCUGUGGGAAACUAAUUUGGACUAGACCACCUCAGCUUAAGACAUUCAUUCCUUCUCUUACUUGCUUGCGGGUUCCUAACUUUGUUUCAUGUUUCCAAAGGCAUUUAAAAUGCUUUUCCUAAAUUUCAAUGCUGCUGCGUGUUCUUAAGAUAAAUUCUCAAAUGUACUGUUAACACACACAAGCAUGGAAUUAGGAUCGUACCGUGAGGUUUCAGUUUUCAAGUCUUUUUAAUACUAGAGAGAGGAGUCCUAAACACUGAAAGUUGCCUCCAAAAAUAUCAAAAGAAACCUGAAAUAUACACACCCCUUAUUCAUUAGGUAGUAAGUGUGAGCCUGUUACAUUUUAUGAGUAUGUUACAGCAGUUGCUCUUAGAAACCCCUCUCACCUGUUACAAGAAUAUCCAUUAAUGCGUUGGAUUAAAUGUCAGAAUGAAGUUCAAGUUACCAUCCCAUAAAAAUGCAUUUUGUGAUCAAAUGGUCAGUGUGCAGGUACAGAAGCAGACCCCCUCACCCUCCCGCCGGGACAAAUGUGGAUAAGCAGGCUCUGGAGACUGGCUUUGGAGGUAGAAAUGGAAUGGCUGCAACUCACCUCGAGCAGAGGUAAGUGUGGUACUUAAGACUGGAAGCCCCCUUCUCCCCUGCUCAGAACCUCAACCAGCUUUCCUUUCAACCAGCAAAUUCAUUCACGUCUGAGAAUCCAGUAGGAAAGGGGACGGGAAGUUCAUGUAAUGAUUAACGUGUGAAUUACUGCAAAAGCAAAUCGGUGUCCGAGUGACCGGUUUGGCCACUGGAGCACUAAGAAGUGCGAAUACAGUAAACACUGACCCUGUACGCAGUUAAAUGGGAGGCUCAAGAAGCACAGCAUUACCUGUUUCGGCCCAAAGCCUUCAGGUGCCCCUCUCACCUGUGCUUUGCAUCACAGGCCUCACGCCCUGAAAAGUCCGGUUGGCAAAACCCGCUUAGUCUGCUGCUCAAAAGUCGUAUGCCACCAAAAUCAAACCAUAUUCUGAAAUUAAAUAAAAUCUGGAGAAAAUUGUGUAGGUAGCUACAAAGAAGUGGAAUGUAUUUAUUUAUAACCUACUCUGCUCCACAAAGGAUUCAAUGUGGUUUUACGGCUGACCACUGAGAUCGGCUCUACGCCAUAAACCUUGGUGGAAUUCUUGCAAUAUUUUCAUACUUUGUAAUUGGUUCCUCCAGCAGUUCUUGGUACCUUUCUCUUCCCUCCUCCAGACUGGAUCUCUUGCUGAGCAGACCUUCUUCGCGGACCUGGCCAUUUUCUUGCUGUACUACUGCAAACCCGUUCUCACAGUCCCAUUUCCUCCUCUUGUUUUAUUAAAACUCCUUACAGAGUGUGGUUAGGGAUCCUGUCCUCAUACUGCAGCAGAUCAAGUUCAUGUUCAAUGACAGCUUCGCCCACUUUCUACGUCCUUCCUCAGGCCUACUCCCAGCUCUUUCCUUGCCAUCUCACCAGCUCCCCCGUCUUCAUUACAGUAGCUUCUCAAGUGGGCUUCUCCCCAGAACCCCGUGGUUUCCAAAGUGCAACUUCCCUUCUCCUGAGUACCCAACGCACUGGUGUAUUUUCAAUGAAUCUUUCUGACGUUCACACCACAUUAUGUAUCUGUAUCUUCUUCUGUCUUUUAUACCCAUCUGUGCUAUCUGCCUUAGACUCUAAGAUCUCAGAAUACAGGGCUCAUGGUGACUUUUUUGGUGCUACAAACAGCAAAAAAUCAUGAGCAGAAAGAUGUUUGAUAAACACUGUUUUGAAAUUAAUGGCAACGGAAGCGAAUUUAAAGCAAAUCGGGAGAGAAGAAGAGACACACGGAGACCUUAGUUUCGCUCUGGUUACCUCCACGUGAAUUCAUUCACUGGUAGAUGACAGCGUAUCAGACUGUCCAAUUCCAGUGCAAUCAUACAGAUAA